CGCACGGGGGCAAGGCGCGGCCCCGCGGCAGUGCGUGCGCGCUCCCUUCCCCCCCCCGCCUUCCCCUCUCUCUCUCUCUCUCUCUCUCCUCUCUUCUCCGCCGCGCUCGGUCGUUUCUUCCCCCCCUUUGUGAGGCGCUCGGAGCGGCCCGGACAUCGCUGACUCGCCAUGGCCGACGAGAAGCCCAAGGAAGGAGUGAAGACUGAAAACAAUGACCACAUUAAUCUGAAGGUGGCAGGGCAAGAUGGGUCUGUGGUGCAGUUUAAGAUUAAGAGGCAUACACCACUUAGUAAACUAAUGAAAGCCUAUUGUGAACGACAGGGGUUGUCAAUGAGGCAAAUCAGAUUCCGGUUCGAUGGGCAGCCAAUUAAUGAAACAGACACACCUGCACAGUUGGAAAUGGAGGAUGAAGAUACAAUUGAUGUGUUCCAGCAGCAAACAGGAGGAGUUUACUAAAAAAACAAACAAACAAACAACAAACACACAAAAAAGAACCUGCUACUUUCCUCUCCAGAACUGUGCUCCCACAGGCGACACAUUCACAAUUAGAAAAAUGAGACUUGGUUCAGCCACAUCCUGACUACUGCAGUAUAGUUUUCUCUCUUCUCUCUCUGAUUUUUUUUCCUAUUCCUUCUAUUGUACAUAAAGUAACUGGUGUAUGUGCACAGACAUAAUGCAUAUUUUUUUUAACUAAAUGGCCAAUGGUAUGUUUUGAUCAACAUUUAAUGGAGAUGGGGUGGGAAAAGAAACUGGUUCUGUGAAAAUGCCCCUUUCUCCGUUAGUGGCAUGCUCCUUCUACUUUUAUCUUUAUAUUCCAGUAAGUUAUUUUGCUCUCACUGUUUAAAAACAAAAACCUUGCAUACCUUGUUUGAUUGGAUAAUUUCAAUGUUUUUCUUUUAUCAUUGUAAAACCAAGGACAAUUUUAUAACUUUUUUGUACGUAGCUGUUACAUGUAGAGCAAUCUCUGUCUAAGUAGGGGUAAAUUACUCUAAAAAAGAAAAAAAAAAAGAUCCUAGAUAGUUUUCCCUUCAAGUAAAGCGUCUUGUUGUUUAAAUAAACUUCUUGUUUAAAAUAACCAGUUUUCUUUAUUUUUCUGUGGAGUAAUAGUACUCAGCACUUGUAUUUCUUUCUCUGCAGCACUUUAUGCUUCUCAGUUCUCAGCUUUCUGUGCGGUAAGUAAGCAUAAUCCCCCUUUUACAGUCAGAAGACUGUUGGAAAAUGAAAGGCUUCC